AUGUGUUUAUAAAGUGGAAAUUACAUUUAAGUAGAUUACAUAAAUUGGUGUUAUAUAAGCACAAUAAAAAUUAAGAUUAGUAAUGCUGUAAAUGCAAAGAAUUGUUUAAUGAAAGCCUUUUAUUUCAAAAUUAAUGUUUUCAUUACAUUUGAGCUUCUUGUCUAGAAGCUUGGGUUUCAAAAUAAACAUAUUUGAGAUGUCCUAAGUGUUAUAAGCACAUCAAUAUUAACGAUGCAGAUCUCCACUUAGAUAGAAUAUUAACUUUGAAAAUACAAUAAACAGAAAAUUUGAAAGAUUAACAGCAAGGAUAUCUAGAGCCAGAAUAAUAAAUAAUUAUACAAGAACCGUUAAAUUAAGGCAAUAAGGAAGAAUUACCUUCAAAACCAUAAAAAGAAAUGUAAAACAAUUUAUUUAAAGUGAAAUAUUUUGAGUAGAGAUAAAAUAUGAAUUUAGAAGAAUGUAUAUGUGCUAUAUGUGGUUUGAAUUUUAGAGAUUUCGAAUAAUAAGCCUAACUUUAGUGUUUGCAUGUUUUUCAUAUAAAAUAUUUCCAGGAUCAACUAAAGGAGAGUGCUGAUUGUGUUCUUUGUCAAAAUGUAUAUUGA